AUGAUGUACCUGGGCAGCUUCGUGCAGACCUUCUUCCGCCCAGCAGGGCAGGGCACAAUAAUCGGCAACCCGCGUCUACCACUGGAGCUUGAGCGCGAGAUAUUCGAGCUAGCAGCGCUGGCAAAUCGUCGGGACAUCCCGGCUUUGCUGCGCGUUGCGCACCACGUUUGCGACUGGAUAGAGCCGCUACUCUAUACAUCCAUCGAAAUCAACAAACCCUCCGCGGUAGUCUUGCACAACCUCCAACACACCCGCCCCCCGCCAUGUAUCGCUGCAGUGCGCCAAAUAAUCGUCUACGAGCCCGACGCCAUACUCGACUUAGCCUCCUUCCUGUCUUGCUGUGUCCGUGUGACGCACGUAGCAAUCACACCAGUUGGAAGUGGGUAUGGACAGGGGCUUCCUCUCCUACUUCAGAAGCUCCCACGGCUCCAGCGACUGGUGUUAUCCUUCACCCACGCGUUCCCAGACGAAUCGGAGGCGUAUCCGCACCUCCCACAUGUGACACAUUUAGAACUCCUUGACGAGCUGGCCCCCACCCAGACAACCCGCCUUGCGGCGUUUGUUGGUGGGUUCCCGGCGCUGACUCAUCUGGCGCUCAACCACCACUCCCCGGCUGCCGAAGAUGCCCUUCUUACUGCGCUGCUUAAUCGGCGCACGUGUCCGCAGCUGCGCGUGCUGUGCUGCAUCUCUCCGGGCGAAACCGAGGUUCGCGCGCUGGCAAUGCUUCUCGAGCUCAAAUACCCUUCGCCGCCUAGCACCAGCCCGCUGCGCGAUCGGCGUCUCGUGCUGGUUGACUAUGGCUGGUGGUUCGAGGGGGCGAUGCUCCCAGCUGCAGGGAGGAAAACAUACUGGGACAAGGCCGAUGUGUUUGUGGAAAGAAAGGCGAGGGGAGACGUUGAACCAUUGGCGUUGUCGGUGUUUUCUUAG